UGAUGUAAUUAUGAGCUAAAUAGUUGUAGAUUUGUUAAACAUUGUAGUCGUGCAGUGUUCAGGCUUACAUAUAUAAUUUUUUUGCACGAAGACUUAUUUGUGUAACACAAUCCCAGUGUUUUAUAGGAUUUCGAAAGAUUGAGCUUUAUACCAAUUAUGGCAGAGGUGGGACCCUUUACUAGUACUACAGCAUUUUGUGCAAGAUGUGGAUCUAUACUACCGUUACUAAAUGAUUUUGGUCUUGUUAAAUGCUAUGCAUGCAAAUCAAUUUAUGAACCAGAAAAUUUCAACAAGGUUAAGUUCAAUUACACUAUUAACUUCAACACAGUUUCUGUCAUAGCAAAUGAAAAUAUUUUAAAUUUGGACAAUCCUGAAGGCCCAGUUGUUGAGAGGAAGUGUCCUAAAUGUGGUUGUGAGAGAAUGUCAUAUGCUACACUGCAGUUGAGAUCGGCUGAUGAAGGGCAGACUGUCUUUUAUACCUGUGUAUCUUGCAAGUAUAAGGAAACAGAAAAUUCAUAGGUAUAAAAAUCUAAUGGGAUAUAAAAAAUAAAUAAU